AUGGCACCCAAGGUUCUCGUCGUUCUUACCUCCUUCGGCCAAAUCGACGCCGACCACAAGACGGGCUGGUACCUGUCAGUCCGCGCGCUCAAAAGGGCCCCCGCUAACACAAAGUUUUCCCCCAAAACCCAGCCUGAGCUCGCUCACCCCUACGAUGUCCUCGAGCCCAAGACCGAGAUCACCAUUGUCUCGCCCAAGGGUGGUGAGGCACCACUCGACCAGGCCUCUGUCGACGCUUUCAAGCAGGACCCCUCAUCCGUCAACUUCCUAAAGACCAAGGAGGCCCUGUGGAAGAACACGGGCAAGCUCUCCGACUACCUCGGUCGCUCGUCCGAGUUUGCUGCUCUCUUCUACCCCGGUGGCCACGGCCCCAUGUUCGAUCUCGCCACGGACAAGGACAGCAUCGCCCUGAUCAACGAGUUCGUCGCUGCUGGCAAGCCUGUCGCCGCCGUCUGCCACGGUCCCAUUGUUUUUACCAACGUCAAGCUGCCCAAUGGCCAACACCUGCUCGCCGGCAAGGAGGCCACUGGCUUCUCCAAUGAAGAGGAGGACCAGGCCGGCAUGACCAAGCUCAUGCCCGUACUGCUCGAGGACAAGAUCAAGGAGGCCGGUGGCGUCUACAAGAAGGCCGACCAGGCAUGGGGCGAGCUCGUCAUCAGUGUCGACGGCGGCAAGUUCAUCACCGGCCAGAACCCUGCCAGCGCAAAGGGAGUCGGUGAGGCCAUCGCCAAGGCCAUUGGCGUUUAA